AUGGAGACUCUUUUGAAGGAAAUUUGUAGAUCUAGAGAUGACUGCAGUGAGAAUAGCCAGUUUCAUAACUAUGCUGAGACAGCAAUUGGUAUUGCUGAGAAAAUUCAUAACGUGGAUUCAGGCAUUAUUAAAUCUAUGAAAGCAGAAUCAAUGUUAGAAAAUGCUGCUGUCAAUUUAUGGAACUUUGCAGUUGGUUUGAAGACAAAAGGUACACUGUCUGGCUUAUCUAAUGCAAAAUUAAGAUAUAUAUCCUUGCUACUGGUUGAUUCUUAUAUUGGUGAAGAUGCAGAUGAGACUAUUGUGAAGAAAAAAAUUAUGAUGGGUAUCAAAACAGCAAGAGGAUGGCUUGAUGCUGGUAAUACAAAGCUUGCUGACAUUACAUUGCAGAUAGCAGAUAAGUCUGUUAAAUUGUUAAGAAGAAUGAUUGUACAGAAAAUCAAUGCUAAUGGUCCCACUGAGGUAUUACAGAGACAAAGGAUUGAAGCAGAGCAAGAUGUGUUCAGAAUAGUUUGUUACAGAGCAGAAUCAUAUAUAGCUCAGCACAGAUACCAGGAAGCAUUAGAGAUGACAUUCCUGGCUAAAGAAAUGCUAGUGAAUUUUCCAAAAGAGGGAGCCUUUUUAGCAAUGAUGUGCUACAACUUUGGAGUUGAUACAUACCAGAAGAAAAAAUAUGAAGAAUGUACCACAUGGCUAAGAGAGAGUUUUGAGCUUGGCAAAGGAAGAUCACUUAUAGGACAGAAGAACCAAGCUAGGACAUUGAGAUUGUUGGCAUGUGCUUACUUAGACUUGGGUCCAGCAUAUCUACAGAAAGCACAGAAUGCCAUUACUUUGGCUAAUGCUGAGUAUCCACAUCCUGCUGGGCUUUACAUAAACCUGAAGAUUCUUCUGGAGAACGGAGAUUCGGAUGAGAUUGUCAACAGAGCUGUAGAAGAAAUAGUCAAACAGACAGAUACCACGAUAGAUAGUGUUACAUCAUUGAUUCAGCUUUUAUCAGAUUACAAAAGGGCUGCUGUUUACCAGUCACUUAUACAAGAUCAAAUUUUGAGAUUUGGCAAUAGUCCUGAUGUAAGCAAGUUAAAAGGAAUCCAGUUGGAACUAUUCUUACAGACAAAUAACAAAGAAGGAGCGAAACAUUUUGUAGAAAACUGCAUAACUGGGCAUAAUACAGGAAAUCCUCUGGAUAAGGAAGUGCUGAAAAGAUUUCAUAUCUUAUUAUGGGAACAGGCAGCUGAGGCUUUUGAGGAAAAAGACUUCAAAUCUGCUUUGGAGUGGUAUAAUUAUUCUUUAAGUCUGUAUGAUACUUCACAAAUUGGUGACAAAAACCUUGCCAAGCUACACAGAAAUAGAGCAAAUUGUUACAUAUAUCUUGAACUCAAUGAGAAGGCAUCAGAUGCAUUGAGUGAAGCAGAGAAACAUGACCCUGGAUCAAUCCACACACAGUUUAGUUUAUACAAGUUGGCCUUAGCAGAUUGUGAUGUAGAAAAUGCAAGACAAGCUUUACACAAGAUGUGUGAAUUAGCAGUACAGGACAGUACAGAAGAUACAGAUGUACACAGUCUUAUCUGUCUAGCAGCACAUAUGGCUUUUGAGCAACAUCACCAAUCAACUGCAUCUGAAGCAUUAGAAUGUUUGGCUAACACAAGUCCGGAUCAUUUACAAGUUUUAACAGCCCUGAGGUGUCUGAUUAGGCUUAAACUGGCAGAAACAGAAGUAAAUUGUGUUGAUAUUGAACACAUAACUAAUCAUAUAAGGACAGGUUACAACAAGUUGCUACAGCUGAUUAAUGAAGGAAAGGAUCUAACAGAGCAAUUAAACAAUGAAGCUAACUGGUUCAUGAAGAUUUCAUGGAACAUGGCAUUGCAAAGUGAGGAAAAGCCAAAUUGUAUGAGGGAUUUAUUUACUCUAUGUUGCCAGCUGUCAGCAUUGAGUGGUGAGGACAGAAAUCAAAUAACCAGACAGAAAACCUGUAGGUUGAUGGCUGCUGCUGCAAGUUUACAAGUGGCUAGAAAAUGUCUGAAUGAACAAGAGCAGAGAAAUGCUCUAGAGGAUGCCUUAUGUCAUGUUGAAGAAUGUAAAAAACUUUGUAACCAGCUAGAGAUGAAAAUGUUAUCUGCAUCAGAAAGUAAAACAAAAGACACAACAGAGAUUUUACUGUUGCUGUAUGAAUUUGAAGCUAGGGUGAAAUUAAAGGAUCAACAUGUUGAAGAGAUUUUAGAAACGGCACUGAAACUUCCUAAUCCAGAUCCUAAAACAUUUGAAACCAUUGCAGCAUUGGCAGUAGAAGAGCCAGCACAAAAUAAAAGUAUGAGUGUCAGAGCAUUGAAAGUAGCCAUCAGAAAACAUCUACAGAUGCCUACUCCAGAUUAUAUCAAAUGCAGUAAAUUAUUCCAUAGUUUGAUACAGAUUGCAUUGACUGGUGGAGUAGAACUGAGUGGAAAAGAUGAGGCUUGGAAUUAUUUUGUUGAAGUAAUUGAAAUUAUAGAUAAGACAGAACAGGGUCAGUUUCCAGAAAUAGAAAUAUUAUGGCUGAUGACCAAAGCUUGGAACUGUGGAAUCAACUUUUAUAGCUCUGGUAGAUAUGAAGAUGCUGAGAAAUGGUGUGCUACUAGUAUGAAACUUUUCCAGUAUCUUGGGUCAAUGAAAAGUAAUUAUGAAGAUCAUAUGAAUAGCACAUACUCAGAGAUCCUGGCCAAGAUUGAAAAUUCAAAACCGAAAAAAGAGUUUAAAGGACAAGAGGAAUAAUGUAUUUUACUGUAUACUUGUAAAAUACUGAGACAAACCAUGAACAUAAUCUUAACAUUAUGAUAAAUUGUUUUGUUGUUUAUUUCAUUUAUUUUAAAAGAAAUAAAUUAUGGAC